AUGCGUGUACUGGGUACUUUGACCGGCCUGCUGGCUGGGACGAGGCUCCUGGCCCCCGCGCAGGCCAUCGAGUUGGACGUCAACAGUGAGGGUGAGCGCGAACCCUCCUUCCCCCCCCCCGGUCUCGUCUCUUCCUCCCCGCCUCAUCGGCUAACGAGUUGGUCACAAAUAGCAUCGCUCAAAAAUGCGGCGAGCAUAACAACAUGGGGCGCCAUGACAUAUUACACCGGCAACGAGACGGGCCAGAGCCCAGGCUUCAUCCCGAAAAGUUGGUACGAAGGGUCGGUGCUGUUCAUGUGCGCCAUGUACUACUGGCAUUUCACGGGCGACACGACAUACAACGAGGAAGUCCGCAUCGGAAUGGAGUACCAAUCCGGGAAUGGCGACUACCUGCCGGCGAACUCGUCUCAGUAUAUGGGGAAUGACGACCAGGGGUUCUGGGGUGCUGCCGCCAUGACGGCUACGGAGCUGAACCUCACCGACUACGGCCAGUACUCGUGGCUAUCGCUUGCCCAGGGGGUGUUUAAUACCCAGACGCAGCGCGAUUCCGGAUGGGAUGCUUCGACCUGUGGCGGCGGCGUGCGGUGGCAGCAGUACAAUUACAUGGCUGGGUAUACCAUGAAGAAUGCCAUCUCGAAUGGGCUGCUGUUCCAGCUCUCGGCUCGUCUCUACCGCUACACCAAUGAUGAGCAGUAUGCACAGUGGGCGGAGAAGAUCUGGGACUGGUCGAAUGAGUACCUCAUCGACAACCAGACUUGGGUGAUUGCCGACUCGGUCACGACCACCCAGGACUGCAAGGUGAAGGGCAUGGGUGAGAAUUCAUACAACUAUUCCUCCUUCCUCAUGGGGUUGGCCUAUUUGUAUAACCAUACCACGGGCGCUACCCAAGCGAAAUGGGAGCAAGCCGUCUACGGACUCGCCAACAAGACGCUGACUGAAUACUUCCCUGCCAAGUAUGGCGGCGUUGAAUACGAGCCGACCUGCGAUCCGUUCCCCACACAAUGCUUCGACAGCAACAACCUGUUGUUCAAGGGCCACACCUCCUCCUGGCUCGGCUGGACCGCGCUCCUCGUCCCACAGAUCUACGACCAGAUCAUGGCAAAACUGCAGGUGACCGCCACAGCCGCCGCCGCCGCCUGCACCGGCCCCGAGCAGGACGGCAACCAGUGCGGGAGUGCGUGGUACCAGAGCAAGUUCGACGGCCGCACGGGAAUGGAGCAGCAGAUCUCCGCUAGCGAUCUGUUUUCGGUCAACUUGAUUCCGUUCAUCCAACCCACGCCCGAGAAGGUCUUGGGGCCGUUGACUUCAUCGACCGGUGGCUCGAGCACGAGUAACCCGAACGCGGGCAUGAAUGAUAACACGAAUGAAGUUCAAUUGGCGCCCAUUACCACGGGAGACCGAGCCGGCGCGGGGAUCCUGACCGCUAUCUUUGUGGCUGGGUGGGUUGGAGGUUUGGCGUGGAUGUUCUUGGAAUAA